GAGAAAUCGCGGGACUCAAACGAAUCUCUCCCUCCAUGGAAGCAAGAAGUCAGAGAUGAGAAAGGGCGGAGGAGGCUGCACGGCGCUUUCACAGGUGGUUUCUCUGCUGGAUACUACAACACAGUUGGUUCGAAAGAAGGAUGGACACCCUCUACGUUUACAUCUACACGCGGGGAGCGUGCCAAGCAGAAAGCAGCGCGCCCUGAAGACUACAUGGACGAGGAAGACUUGAAAGAGCUUGAAGAAAGCAGAGCAGCUGGGAUGCAGGAGAAGAUAAACCUUUUAGAAGGCACGCCAGCUGAAUCGAAGCGCAGAGGACUGGUCGCGAUAGAUCCGGAGGAAGAGUGCGCUGACAUGCUAACAUCGGAAGAAACAUUUGGCGCGCGCAUGCUCAAGAAGAUGGGUUGGCGUCCUGGUCAAGGCGUGGGCCCUCGAAUAUCCUGGAAAACCCGUCAGGAUAUCAUGACUCAAGGUAAAUCUGACGAUGGUGUCAACUUUGAAACCCUCGAGGAUGAUCAAGAAGCCAAGAAGCACACAUAUGCUCCACGAGUUGCUGUUGUACCAAAGUUUUCCCGAAAGGAUAAUUCGUUUGGACUUGGAUUCGUUGCGCCACCCAACCCCAGUGAAACUCUGGAGCGAGGUCCGGAGAAGUCAGGUCCACAACUAGCGGUCGGAUUCGGGCUUGGAGCAUUGAACGAAGCUGAGGACGACGAUAUUGAUAUCUACGACACUCCCUCGAACGCAACUAGAACUCACCUUGCGUGGGACGCUACGGACCGUGAUGCAGACGAGGUUGUUUCAGUCAAGAAUGGUCCAGCACGCAGUAUCAAACCUCCAGUGAGCCCUCCUCCCAAGGCCUACAUACUUCCAAAUGGAAAGCCUGUGCUCCAGGGUUUCAUGCCGGCGGUGACCCCAGUUGUAGAGGUCAAAUGGGACCUUUUGCCAGAAAUCCCCGCAGAUUGGAAACCGGAGCCUCAGCGAGUAUGGCAGAAUGACAAGGAAAAUCAAGACCGGUCGAGCUUGACAGCUGAAAAGCGCGGAUCUAUGCUUGACGGGAUCACACUUGAGACCGGCCCCCGAUCUGUGUUUGACUACAUGUCAGAGAAAGAUCGCGAACGGCUUCAGAAGGGAUCUCAAGCUGAACUGAGCAUCAAGGCGCCAACUUCUGCCGCUGCCGUCACUGCUUCCCCUCAGGGUCUGCCUUUCACUCCUCCCAACAUAGCCUCCGCUGCACUUAGGGGCUUUAUGCCCUUCACAACAGAUCCGGUGAAACAAUCCCGCUACAUUGCCUACCUACGGUCUCAAGCUAGCCCCGAAUUUCCAGAGCUUGCUCCAGAGCGUCUUCCAGGGCAAGCGGCGGAUGCGUUUCACAAGGAAAUGUUAGACUACGCGAAAAGCGCCGCGAUUUUCAAGCCUGUAUCUGGUGCCAUGGCCACCAGGUUCACCAGUGCAGCCGUCGUUGACAUGGGCCCAAGGACUAUCGAAGGGCUGCAUCAGCCGGUGCACACUUCUGCGCCAGCGCAGGAUGCGAAUGAUCGAGAGAAGGAGAGGAAGGAAGAAGAGGAGCGAAGAGAGGAGAUGGUCGAAGGAUCUAAGGCUCAUGCAGCGAAAAUGGGCCUGUACGGCUCCAUGACACGAGAGGUCAAGCUGUGGCAGCCUUCGCGACUAUUAUGCAAGCGAUUUGGCGUCAAGGACCCGAACCCAGAAGUGACGACAGACGCGCCUAUUCCCGGUACCACACCUGCCACAGCCCCUUCUGCUUCUACUUCCGCCACUGGAACUUGGCGGCCAGAGCAGGCAAUGGCCGAUGCGGACUUGCAGACCGCGACUACGUCCAUCGGUGCGAUUCCUGGAUCAUCUUCUGUGUACGGCGGACAAAAGCGGAAGGAUUUAGGCAACGUGGGGCUUGGAAAUGAUGAGAAGCACGGGAGGGAUACUCUCAAACCUGUGCAGCCGAGAAUGGACAUCUUCAAAGCGAUCUUUGCCAGCGACGACGAAGAUAGCGAGAACGAGCCAGGGGAGAACGGGAAGGAGAUUGGCCCUAAUGGCGAUGUGGAGAAGCGGAACGUUGAGAGCGUUCCGAAAGUCGAUGUCGCGACAUUCAAGCCCACAUUUGUACCCCGAUCUGAACGCGCGACGAAGAAGUCGAAGUCGAAGGAUCGGAAGGAUCGGAAGAAGAAGGGCAAGGCGAUCUUGUCCUUCGCGGGUGAGGAAGGCGAAGAUGACGGGUUGAGCAUCGCACCUCGAAAGAACCACAAAGAGCACAAAGCCAAAGAGGAGGAACAGAGGAGGAAGAAACAACGGAAGGAGGAAAAUGAUUUGGAGCGCGAAGAGGAGGUACCCCUCCAUGACGGCGAAGAUACGUGGGUGGAGAAAGCUGCGCCGGACAUUGUGAGAGGCUUCGAGAGCGCAAGUCAUAGUCACGCGGAACUUCCCUCUGUGCCCUCCGAGUCAACAGAGCCCGACAUAGGCCCUCCAAGGGGAAGGAAGAGGGCAAUCGACUUCAUGUAA